GUUUAUGUAGCGUAUAAAAUCAUAAUGAACUUGUAUUGUUCAAACUUGGAAAUGAAAUACAAGAGAUUUCUCCGAAAAUAGCACGCAGCUAUUAAAAUCUGAUUUGUAAAUAGCAGACUGGUUGAGUAAAGUUUUUUUCGCCGGGUCGGCCAAGAUUCCGACCAAUGUAUAUUAAGCAGACUGGUUGAGUAAAGUUGCUACAUAACAUAGCACUUUAUCUCGGCCCCUCUAAUUUUCAAUAUAAAAGUGACUUUCUCUUUGGGUAAACACAGGUAAGUGCCUAAUAAUUUAUUUUUCCUGAUGAAGGUUGUUCAUGUAUGCUUCAUUUUAUCUGCCAUGAAAUCAUCCUUCAUGGAGUAUUGAUUUUUUUUUUUUUGGAAAACAUAGCUUUCUUUAGAAAAGAGGCCAGUGGCCCAGCUUUUAAUUGAAAGCCAUCCUUGAAAACGUAACUAACUCCGUUAUAUUAAUAUACCAAAGCAGAAUGAACAGACUUCUUCCCUUUCUGUCCAACUAGGCCAAAGUAAUAUUGCAACAAGCAAACACAUCCCGUCAAGAUAUUUAUGGGGAACUACAGAUAAGCCUGGUAAUGGGCUAGCCAACCCAUGGGUUGUACGGGUUGAAACACUAAUGGGCUGAAAAUGGUGUGUCUUGUAUGGGUUAUAGGAAGGAAUAAGGGCAGGGUUGGGUUGGGCCAUAUAAAAUGAGGGUUACGAUGGGUUGGACACUGUAGCUCAGAAUGGGGUUCAGCCCAUGGGCAGUAAAAAAGGGUCUUCUUUGUGGGAGAACCCACAGCGGUAGGAGCUCGGUGACUGGAUCGGCGGCCACUGCCCACCGCCGCCUUGCGCCGCAUUCUCCCCCUCCGCCUCCGCCUCCUCCUCCCCCUCCCCGUCGCGAUCCUCCGUCGCUGUCCCGGUCCCCGUCCGCGAGCGCCGACGCUCUGUCCUUCCCGUCCAGAUCACGCCACCCCGUCCGCCGGCGCGUCGUACGCCUCCACCAGCUGUCGGUCCUCCGCCUCCCGGUCAAGAUCCGGCACCGCGCCGCCGUCCUCCGUCGCCUCCGCCUCCUGUUCGAGAUCCACAGCACCGCGCAACCCUUUCUCUGCAAGUCGGUUUCUGCAACCAAGGGAGAUGGAAACAUUGCACUGGACAAGCUGUGGCAUAAGAGGAAGGCUGAGAUUAAGCAUCAAUAGAUCUUGCUAGUACUUUUGAAUGAAAAAAUUCUGAUAUGAUUCAUAGAUGUUUAUUAGUUUCAAGGCGUGCCUAUUUGUGGCCUAAUUUUGCUAAACUAUUGUGUAUGUCUUAAGAAAGUUCAGUCAUAUACUUAAACCUGGCUUAGUUUGUGGUAAUCUCUAUUUAACUUAUCUGAAAAUUAUUUGUCUUACUCCCUAUAGCUGUGCUAUGCAUGUAUACAAAGCUUCAUUUUCAUGUAUGUGCGAAGGCUCUACAGUUGUUGUAUGGUUGACGUGCUGUCGUGCUGAGCCCAAUGGGUUAGUCUCUUCAUUGUUUAUGGGUUGUCCAAGGGUUCACAAAGGGUUAGGGUUCAACAAGCACUGAGAAGGUUACAGGUUGGGGUUGGUCUGGGCUAAAUAUGCAUGUUAGUGGGUUAGGGUGGGGUUUGGGUGCAAUAUAUAAAUAGAAAUGGGCAGGGGUGGGGUUCGGGGUGGGCCACGACCCAUUACCAGGCCUAACUACAGAUUGAUUAUGUGGAACACCAACUUCGAUCUGUAUGAAACACGAUAGCACUUUCCUUUGGGUCAAUUGACCUGAAAUCAUCAGUUUUAGCCAACUGGCUGCAAAGCCUGUAAAGUCCUAAGUUAGGAUCAAUAAAUGUAGCUGUUACCUCCAAAAUAUGCUCCUUCUCAUGUCUAGUUUCAACCCUCCUUUUGCAAAGAGAUAUAUCUUUGUCAUCAAAGCAACAUCCACUG